CGCUGGUGAAAUCCUGCACAGCCAUCACAGCUCGCGAGAACGUCGGACAGUACGGUUUUGUUUCGGAGAUCUCAGUUCUGUGUGGUCCGUCCGGAUAAGGAGUGUGAUUGUGUGUGUGCGAUUGAUACGCGUGAGUGUGAAAGCAAGGUGAAUUUUGUGCGUGUCCGCGUACGGCAUUGAGAAUUGAGUCCUCCAAGCAAAGUCCGUUUGUACCCCCAAAACUUCCCAACUCGCUAGGGGUCAGUUAGGGGUUGUUUCGCGUAUCGACAUUUUCUGGCCUGGUUGUGAUAGCGUAUCACACAGUUUGUGUGUGCUUGCGUGUGUGUGCGUUGCAGAACUGUUACAUAAUCGUUACAAUCUCUAGUGUGAAAAGUCGUCAAACAACUAUCUAAUUACUAGAAGGAAUUUACUCUGCAAAUACUCUCUAGCCAGAAGGAAACGCUAUCAAAAGCACAAACAAACAGCCACAAUGACGUCGAUAAACGUGGAAAAGUAUAAACUGUCCGACAAAACGGCAAAGCUCACAGCGAAAGACAUCAUCCCGUGCGUACAAUCGGCCGAUUCGGCGGAAACGCGCGAGUUCCUGAACAAAAUAGCCGAGCUGCUGGUCGACUACGUUAACAUACAGAAUGACCGGAAGGAGAAGAUCCUUGACUUCCACCAUCCGGAGGACAUGAAGAAGCUGCUCACGCUGGACAUCCCGGAGGAUGCGGUCACACUGCAACAGCUGGUGAAGGACUGUGCCAUGACGCUCAAGUAUCAGGUGAAGACAGGACAUCCCCAUUUCUUCAAUCAGCUGUCGUGCGGUCUGGACGUGGUGUCGAUGGCCGGCGAAUGGCUUACCGCAACCGCCAACACCAACAUGUUCACGUACGAGAUCGCUCCCGUCUUUAUUCUGAUGGAGAACGUGGUGCUGUCGAAGAUGCGCAAGAUUAUCGGCUGGGACGGCGGUGAUUCGAUUCUUGCGCCCGGCGGUUCCAUCUCGAACCUGUACGCCUUCCUGGCCGCCCGGCACAAGAUGUUCCCGAACUACAAGGAGCACGGAGCGCGUGCACUGCCCGGCGAGCUGGUCAUGUUCACGUCGGAUCAGUGCCACUACUCGGUGAAGUCGUGUGCUGCCGUCUGUGGGCUCGGUACGGACAACUGUGUGAUGGUACCGUCGGACGAGCAUGGCCGUUUGAUCCCGUCGGAACUGGAGCGAUUGAUACUGGAGCGGAAGGCACGGGGACAGAUACCGUUCUUCGUGAACGCGACCGCCGGCACGACCGUGCUGGGAGCGUUCGAUCCGAUCAAUGCGGUGGCGGACAUCUGCGAGAAGUAUAAAUGCUGGUUCCACGUGGAUGCCGCAUGGGGUGGUGGACUGCUGCUGUCGCAAAAAUACCGUCAUCCACGCUUUACUGGCAUCGAAAGAUGCGACUCGAUCACAUGGAACCCUCACAAGCUGAUGGGUGCACUGCUGCAGUGUUCGACGAUUCACUUCAAGGAGGAUGGUCUGCUGAUUAGCUGCAACCAGAUGUCGGCCGAGUACCUGUUCAUGACGGACAAGCUGUACGACAUUAGCUACGACACGGGCGACAAGGUGAUCCAGUGCGGUCGGCACAACGACAUCUUCAAGCUGUGGCUCCAGUGGCGCUCCAAGGGCACGGAAGGUUUCGGCAAGCAUAUGGACCACCUGAUGGAGCUGGCCGAGUACGAGGUGAAGCGCAUCAAGCAGCAGUCGGACAAGUUCUAUCUAAUCAUGGAACCGGAGUGCGUGAACGUGUCGUUCUGGUACAUUCCGAAACGCUUGCGAGGCGUCCCGCACGAUGCGAAGAAGGUGCAGGAGCUCGCUAAGAUCUGUCCCAUCAUUAAGUCGCGCAUGAUGCAGUCCGGAACGUUGAUGGUUGGCUAUCAGCCGGACGACCGUCGUCCGAACUUUUUCCGCUCGAUCAUCUCGUCCGUGGCGGUUACGGAGGCGGACGUUGAUUUUAUGCUGAACGAGAUCGAUCGUCUCGGUCAGGAUCUGUAAGAAGGUAGUAGUACACACACGCACACAGUAAAUUGUUCACGCCAGGACAAGGCAGAGAAGAAGUCGUCCUGAGCACAUCGUACUGCCCGCCCGCCGGUUGAGUUCCCUAACCCUGGGCGAUGGGGUACGGCUCAAUCGUGGGGGCAGCAGUUGCAUUUUAAAAAUCGAAAUCAACCAAUGAGUAUCAGUUGUGAAGACAUAUCAAUAUCUUCAACCAAGUUGUUGUGUUGGCACGCCAAAACGAGAGAAGCGUAACUAAAUGCCAAAAACCCGCCCUUUUCCCCCCCUCAAAUCCAGCUUUAUUUAUCUUAACAGAUCUGUGAGGUUUGUUUGGAGAAGCCAUCUUGAAUCGUUACUUAGACACGUGCAACGUUAGACGAGAUAGUUGCUAAUAGUUUAUUUACCUCUCUAUAUCUUAGUAAAUUAUGUCAAAGACAUAUCACCUGGUUUGGAAUCACCUUCCUUGUUAAACGGAUGCAUUUAAAUCUUUCCCGGUGAUAGUUUAAGUUUAGCGCUGCAGAAAUUAGAUCACGAGCGUUAGUCAACGGUAACAGCCCAUACACACAUUCCGAAAUCAACUAUUUACUCGAAAUCUUGACUGUUAAAAAUUCUCUCCCUCUGAGCCCAUAAUGGCGCCCGACAAGAAAAAAACAGCGGGGAAGAAAUAUAUAUACAACCAACAAAGAAAACAAAGCAUACAAACGCUAGAGAAAUAUAUAUAUACAUAUGUACACAAUCUCAAUAUACAUAUAUAUACACGCAGAAAAAGGAAUAUAACUGUAACAAGCCAUACCACGCCAUCCCCUAUUUGGCCUUUUACGGGAAGAAGUUGAAAGUGACGGAUCCGUCUGUCCGAGUUGAGGUUGUUUUGGCAUAGACGUUCCUUAUUUCUCCUAAAAGAAAUGCUCCAAAAACCGAUCUUCAUCAUCGCUGUACUUAAUAAGGGAACGACCCCCGGAACCGACAGAUCAAAAUCCUUCCUGAGGUGGGAAACCAUGCGUGGAAAACCGGUCACAAAUCCUUGCAUUUAAACAGGCAUUUUAAAGACGAUUGUGUAGUGUUUCGAGUGUUCCAACAGCAGAAUGCAUUUAUUAACCAGUUGCGCAUUAAACUCGAGCUGCCAUUUUAUCGGUUAUCGUGUUGCAUUUAAGUUUAAGUAUCUUUUGUCCCCAGUGUCCGACACGGGGACGCUGCUCAGCUGUAGACAAUUGUAUGUAACGAUAUGUAAAUAAUUAGGCUUCUAGGUCUGUUAAUGCUUCAAGUCUCCUACCGUGAGCAGGGAAACCCGGAACCGAAAGAUGUCUGCGUCUGAAUGUCCAAAGACACGGUGUGCGGUUAGUGAGGGCCAAGAUAAAAUCCGAGAGGCACAUGGAACGUAGAGACAGAGCUAACCCUGACUGAGAAUGUUAUCGCCCAAAUGCGCGCGAAUAAUUGUUGAACGAGCUGUGCUGUAGAAAAAACAUGACAAGAGUUGGUUCCCCCGAUAAGAUAGGAUUAUAAUGAUCCCCGUGUGUGAGUGUAAUCUGCGAGAUGGUUUUUAGAACGGUUGUUAAGUGUUGUACCAGAGUCUAGUCGCGGUAAGGGACUGAUGGGCAUGCCAUUCAUUCAAAUGUGUUUCGCCAGUCGCACGAAUCUGUUGCAUCCCUUCCUGUUGUAUUUGUUUACGCGCAUAGGUUUAAGGCUAGCUACUUUCCGUUCCGUUACAGAGCUCCGUUCCUUUAUUUAGAAUACGUUUUAACCGCCGCUACAAGCAUUUACGCGAUGAAUGAUGGGAGAGAGUGGUUAGGAGCGCGUGCCAACGUGGAGGCCCUGUACGAUUAGUAGAGACACCGUCAGCCUCCAAAACAGCAAGCUCCACCAAGCAAGCGUUGUAUGAUUUUAGUAGAGUUCUAAUUUUAAGUCACGCUUCCGCUCCGUGUCCGUGCCGGGUAUGGCCUGAGGACGGAGGGGCAGGAAGCCAAAAGCAAACAAACAAACAAACAAACACGAACGACAAAAUCACAAAGUCUUCCUUCAAAUGAAAUGUUAAUUAAUCGACGAUUCGCGCUCACUCUCAGAUACCGCUCGUUUGCUGGGACGGGGGACGGUGCGGCCGCCAGGUCGCCUAACCCAAACAGCCGUUCUGUCUGUAUAUUUCAUCUCGAAAGUGAUGUGAAUCGUUUUAUGUAAUGUAUAAUGGUGUGAAAACAGUGAAUUAUGCAAAAGUAGACGAAAACAAUGCAGUAGCUCCUUAUGCUAAUCGUACCGUGUGAACCGUGAUCGAGGGGGACGGAAGAACGAUCGCCAUACGAUUAGCAAUUGACACAUGCAAAGGUUACGCGCUAUUAGGUUCGCUUCCGUUUUGCUAUCCGGUAUAGCAUCGCAGGUAUAACAUAGUAAGGCUGCGUUACGGACAGCUACAUACACGAGAAUUGGUGCAAUACAGCUCCAGACAUGUAAUCGCCGCUAACGUGUUACUAUCCUUUCCGCAAAACUUCCAUGGUCUCUCCCACACGAGAGCCGGGACAUUAUUAGCCAACGAACGCAAUGCAAUAGUCGAAUGCAACAGUCGUAAUGUUUAAGUAACAGCAGCCGAAGUAGUGAAAGCACACAACAACAAAAAAAAUCACAUAGAAAAUGGACACCUUUGCCCCGUAAUAGUAACAAAACAGUGGGGCAGGACCGGGGUUCAAAUCCCAUCCAGACCAGACCGCCGCCUCCUCAUACUCGAAGGGCUUUGACUGCUACGGGUCUCAAACUCAAGUCACGGAGGGAAGGAGCCAGGAAUAGCAGGCCCCAAAUCCUUUCGAGGUUGUGGUGUCAUUAGAAAAAAAGUAACAAACAAGUAUAGAAGAAAACACACUCAAGAGAACAGAAAAACACACAGAUAAAAACCAAUAACAGAAAACAUUAAACGAAUCCCCCCCCCCACUUACCUAGAUGUUAUGUGUUGUUGAAAAGAAACUAAAUAAAACUGAAUAUGAACGAAACGAAUGAACGGAAAUGGAAGAAGCAACGAAAGAUGGCAACAAGAUCGUGCAAACGAAGAAGGAUAAUGCAUUAAUAAAGGCGUAUAAUAUAUGUAUUGGAAA